AAUUUCCUACUAUGUGGACCUGAAGUUAAUAUCGAGGGCUGUUACAAAGAUAAGGACGAGGUGGCAGAAGCCUUAGAGAUGGUACAUCACCUCCAUCACAAGCUGUCAGAGCUGGCAGGUGAAUACCUGUGCGGGGACCAGGAUUUCGGCUUGAGUAGUAACAUGUCCAGAAGUGAUGCAGUCCAGUUCCUUCACUGUUCCGAGUCUGUAUUUGAGCGUGCCCUGAGACUGAUCACGGAGAACCCUCACUGGGGGGUCAGGCUGAUGACAUCUGAAGGUGAAGACACGACAGAAGUGGACGCGGUGCGCUGGCUUGAGUCCACGCAGCCCGACAUGCCGCUGUUGUGCCGUCUCCAACGUGCUUUCUCCAUUGUGUUCCUCAGGAUACUAGCCGUGCUCGCCUGUGUAGCCCUGGUGUGGGGAGGGGUGGAACUGAUGCGGUACAGAUGGAGAAGACAAGAGGAGGACAACAGACUCAUGUAUAACAUGAUCGAGCGCAUUCUAGAUGCACUGAAGAAGCAUGCGGAGGCCUGCAGGCACAACACAGACCUGCAGCCGUACCUGGCCAUUCCCCACGUCAGGGACAUGCUCAUCCCUCCCCAGGAGAGGAAGAAGCUGGGCCAGGUUUGGGACAGGGCCGUGAAGUUUCUGUCUGCCAACGAGUCGCGGAUCCGCGUAGAGAGCCAGCAGAUCUCCGGGGAGCCCUUCACGGUCUGGAGAUGGAUCAACGUGGACACGCCCAACAACAGACUCUACCCACCAAUCAACGAGCUGUCUCAGAAUCAUACAAACCCCGAUCAUGAGGCAGCGUCUGGUCUGCCACAGUUCCUUCUCGGGGCACCCAGGACGGGCAGAGUAAAAGCCUGGCAAGGGGAAGCAUUUGACGUGGACUCGUCAGUGAACUCCCGUCCGUACAGCCCGACCCCAUGUCUGAAGAUCAGGAACAUGUUUGAUCCUGACAUAGAGACUGGUGAAGACUGGCACGUCCAUAUCCAAGAUGCCAUCCUAGAGAAGUGUGGAGACAACAACGGCAUCGUGCACAUAGCUGUGGACAAGUCCUCCAGAGAAGGUUGUGUGUACCUGAAGUGCAGCUCCCAUGAUGCAGCAGGAAAGGCAUUCAGAGCCCUCCAUGGAUCAUGGUUCGAUGGUAAGCUGGUGACAGUGAAGUACCUGUGGUUAGAUCGGUACCACCAGAGGUUCCCAGACGCACUGCACGCUGCCGGCCCCCUGCGGCCCUCCAACCCCCUCAAAACCUCCCUCAUGCACCUCGACAAGGUGGAAGUGGAGGACCACCUGCUGUAAAUCCAGGGGGCUUGUAGGAGGGGGGUUGUGUAGGGAGGGGGGGGUUGUUUAUGUGUUAAGGGUACGGAGGUAGUAGACAACAUGCACCGUGUUCGCGUUGUACAGUUUCAAAGCAAACCGUUUCUUAUGUUCAAUCAGUAACAGUCAAGGUUUCAAACCCAAGUACGUCAUUUCUUGAAGGGGUACAGAAUGCAUGGUGUUGAGUCGACAAGGCCUUGAUCGGUGCAGAGAUGAUUUUGAUAAAAGUUGUCUGCUUUCUUAAAAACGAGACAGUGUGAUGGACAAAUGUCAUAAGUGUCCACAACCAAAAACACAAACAUGUCCUGUUGCACACUGUACCUCUGAGACUGUUUCUGUGUAAGGUUAUGUUUCUACUACCUCUGUACCUGUGUUGGGUAGGGACUGUUGGUUUGGGGCGGGGGGGGGUGGGGGGGUGGGGGGGGAACCAACAGUGGCUGAUGCCUUCAUCCAUGUUAUCACAUUGAACAUGUAUGGACAUGCAAGUAUAAUGCAAACAGUCUUGUGCAGUCAUGGGGGUGGGGGGCACACAACUGAAAUGGGGUCUUCCAUAUGUUCUUAGUCAAAAGGUGGUAAGGAGAUAAAUUUCUUAAGAUUUGAAAGAAUGUUAUUCUGGUACCCCUUUCUCUUGAUUUUGGACCAUCUUCUUCUGUUAAUAGACCACCACUGCCAAUUGAUCCUGUCAGUAGAUUUCCUUUUCUAUGAGCGAAACAAUUUCAGAUUACGUCCGUCCCACAUUUUUGUCACUGUCACAAAAACUGUUAAACACAUGAUAGCCCACAAAAAUUUUGUCUGGGAAAUUAAAAAACUUUGGAGACCGCCACAGGAAUUGGGAAAUAACCCCUGACUGUACAUGUAACUAGGUGGGGCUGGGUUGAGAUGACAACCUACAUGUCUAUAAUAUUGGUGCUUGGGUGCUUUAUAUCAUUGUUUGUCUCACACACUUUGUAUCAUUUUGGUAUCUGAAUAUUUCUGCUUCCUUCAAGUAGAAGCAAGAUAGAAAGCAAUGCCCUUUUGUAUGGUGAGGAGUUUCCUGCUCAUUUGACUUAUGAUGUAUGUAUGGUGGCUUUGUAAACUUAAAAGUUGGCCAAAGCGUUGUUUAUUGUGAAACUAUUAAAGAAGCCCUGCACCCAAACUGACUACCCUCUAGGUGGCAUUGGCAUAGGACCAUGUCUGACCAAUGAGCUUGCUUCUGUCCUGAAUCAGGCCUUCCGAUUGGUUAAGAAAAUUUGAAUUUUGUUAUGUUGAUGUCCCAUACACAGUGCCCAUUGGUUCCAAGUGAGGAUCCACAGUUGGGUGACAUGUUGUCCUAUGUCAAUGUUCAGAGUCGUAGCGGUUGGGUGCGUAGGGACAGUACCGAUCUGUACAACGUACAGCGGCCUACUCCUGUAAAUGUACAAUGUAAAUAUUUGCUUUGCCGCUGUCCAUAACUACAACUGCCUCGGAGGCGUUACUGCUGCGUUCACAGAACGUGAUAUUAUUGCUGUACAGAAAUGGCCAAAUCACAGCUUUAAGCAUCACUCAGUCAGUGUACUCUGUAAAUGGAGCAAAGGUUUUCUUCAAAAUGGCAGAACCAAAACUUGGGUGGAAUAGCAACACACAUAGAUUAUUAUCUUGAAUCCAUACGUCCUUGUCAAGUUUGAAUUUGUGAGAGAAAAAAAAAUUGAUCAGAAAGUGUUCCACCACCAAGUUUUUUCCUCAGCCAUUUCAGACCGUUGCAGGUAUUUUGGAGCAGUAAGGCUACAGUAAUGUAUAUUGUAGAUAGGUUCCAAUUGGAGUUAUUUGUAAUGGGAUGGUAAACACCGUACUCUCAGUAGGUAUGGGGGAGGGGGGCAGGAAGAUUGGUCCAUCUGACAAGCUUGAGUAGGGGUGAAAAGCUAAACUUAAACCUCCUUUUUGAUAACAAUGUCCUUGUAUUACCCAUUUUCAAAUUAUUCCUGAGCAACUUGUUUGCGUCCUUUAUUGCUUUCUCAAUUAUUAUGCCCCUCACCUUUGUUUUGACAAGUUUUGCCCACCCCUCUACCGACUUGACAGUGGACUAGCCCAGACCCCCUGCCCGUGUGCUGUUCCAUAAUGCUGGCCAGCCUUAUGUAGUCGUUUAGAGGUAAGUGUUGCCGACAGUUGUUUCCGACUGUUGUCAUGGCAACACGUCGGGCCAGACGUUCUAUACUAACAGUUGUAAUGAGAAAGAAUUUGACUUUAUGUAUAAGAGGUUUGGAUUGAGGGGUCCCUAUGUCAGGGUUGGACCAGAGAUCUACGAUAGACAAAUUCUGACAUAAAAAAGGAACAGCUCGCAUCAUCCUUAUCAUUCAAAGCAGAAGUUUUUGUAGGAAAUUUGUUACAGUUUCCUAGAUGCCUAUUUAUGUACAAACUUCUUCUGCACAUAGACACAUUGAUCAAGCUUUUCAUCAGCUUGUCUUUAGAUGUAAAACUAUCAGUUUGUUGGUUUUCACAUUGACGUUAAUACUAAAUAGCCCUCAAGGACAAGCAAACGGUUUCAGAAAAGAUCUGUCCUUUUAUUAAGAGCCUGGUCAGUGUGUCUUUCUGCAGAAGUUAGGGACAGUUUUUAACAGGAAUUGGCAGCUUGGAACAGGUAAUAAUUAUCCUCCCUGUGUCUGCUUAGAGAUAACAUGUACCAUAUUUUAGGGUGACAUAGCAUGCUUGAGUGGUGAGGAAAUAACACCCACCCACCCCAUGAUGUUGCCAGUUGUCGUGAGUCUGAAUUGGUCUAUUGCGAGGACUAUACAAUGUGGGUAUUUUAAAAACACCCCUUUUAAGCAAAUUGGUCCAGCCCUGAUGUAAAGAUGGUGGUGUGGUAUGUUCUCUUGGGCAGCCUUCCCGACAGAACUAGUCAUUAAGCAGAUGUUAGGUGGCAAAAUGGAUUUGUUUUCAUAACUCCAACAUUGUAUUAAAGAGCAGGAAAAACAAUUUUGCCCCCUAAAAUCUGUUGGAGAUUUCCACAGUACCACUUUCAUAUGGACCCCCUGUGUACAUUAUAUGGAUGGUUCCUGUUCUCAUACGGGUUUGAGAGAGGGUUGACGAAAGGUUCCUGCGCACAAGUGUUUUCUGGGAUGUCCGAGGCUACGUUAGGGAAGUCGCUGUCUCUUCUCACCAGCAGUUUAACAUACUACAAGUCCUGUCCAAACUUUGUCAACAAUCUGUCUCCAAACUUUUCUCUUAAUGUCUUCUUCCUAAAGUCAUGUUUAACCCUUGUCCUGAUGACUAUAGUUGUAAGACUCAAAUUGUUGGCAGGUGAAAGGUGAAUGUGACAUCUGAUAGCCCCCCUUUUCUAUCACUCUAAGUGUAAGUUUCUAAUUCUAAAAAGAGAAGUUGGUGAGAAAUACUUCAAACUAUAAACCCGAUGAUGCAGAAGUUGCAGUUUCAGAUAUAAGGAAGCAAAACAAUGUUAACUGUGGUGAGAUGAGACCGAGGCUCAGAUAUCCAGGAAUUGUUUAUAAUGCUGUUAGUCGGACACAAAAAAAGAGGUUAGCUAGCUACUGGUUAUCCACCAGAGGCACACAGAUGACAAUAUUUUGUAAUAAUUCCUGCUUUUAAUGUUUUUUGUGCCGACACCAACCAUUUGUAUGUACUCUUUUGAUAAAGUGUAUCUCCGCAGCUUGGUAAUCACACAAUAAAGAGAAUUAUGAGUUCA